UUUUUUUAAAUUAUUACAAACAGUUUUCUUCUCAAAACUGGACACCACAACCAAGCAUGUCAUGGUUUCUAAAAGCCGGCAAACAAUGCAAAUAGUUCUUAAGACAAGGUCUCCUCUUACAAGGGUCCCACUUUCACCAGCUUCCUUUUGCCCUUCUUAGUUCUCACCUGGUCUUUAUACAUGAACCACGAAGGAAUAGGAAGAUUAAAAAUGGAGGUUUUUUCCUUUCUAUUUCCCCUUUCAAUGAAGAAGGUGGCUAAGCUGCUUACUUAAAAGCAUCUUAAAGGUUUGACCUUUAAACCCCACGACUUGGUGCCCUUCAGCCAACCCUAGAUCCCUUUUUAUUCUUCAUUCGCAUUUUUCUUUAGCUACAAACAUUCAUAUUGAUCCUGGGUGUCAAAAAGAAUUAAUUUGUCUCUUUGUUGGGUUUCUUUUCAAAAUGCUGAAAAUGGGGUUGAAGAAGUUAAAAAUUUGCUCUUUAUGGUCAGUUUCAAUCUGGGGCUUUGUAGUUUUGAGUUUAUUGGUAAACAUGGUACAAUGUCAAAAUUUCAAUGAUUAUGAAGUGAACAACCCAGAUGUUCUUCCACUUGUUACAACCCUUGUUAAUAGCAGGCUUUCUAAUCUUACCACUGUUCUUAGUAAGGAUAUCAGUAAACAAGCCAGUUUCUGCAUAAAGGACCCGGAAGCUGAAUGGAAUAAAGCAUUUAAUUUUUCAUCAAAUUUGGAGUUUUUGGCUUCAUGUAUUGAAAAAACUCAAGGAAGUUUUAUGCAGCGUGUGUGCACAGCUGCGGAGGCUAUAUUCUACUUCGAUACCAUUUUCAAAGGUUCAAAUGGCAAUACUUUGAAGCCUAACAGGAACUGUAAUUUAACCUCAUGGGUUUCCGGUUGUGAGCCUGGAUGGGCUUGUAGAACACCUUCAAAUGAGCCGGACCUUGAAAAUUCUCAGGUUAUUCCUUCUAGGACUAAUUCUUGUCAACCAUGUUGUGAGGGAUUUUUCUGCCCUCGUGGUCUUACGUGCAUGAUUCCUUGUCCGUUGGGUUCCCAUUGUCCGGUUGCAAAACUGAAUGAUCAAACUGGCAUAUGUGAGCCAUAUUCUUACCAGCUGCCUCCCGGAAAGCAAAACCAUACUUGCGGAGGGGCCAAUGUAUGGGCUGAUGUUCAUAGCAGUGGUGAGGUGUUCUGUUCUGCAGGGUCAUAUUGUCCAACAACAGUCCAGAAAGAGCUUUGCAGUAAAGGACAUUACUGCAGGAAGGGUUCAACGUCUGAGAAACGCUGCUUCAAGUUGACUUCUUGCAAUGCAAGCACAUCAACUCAAGAUCUGCAUGCCUAUGGAAUUAUGCUUAUAGUUGCUACUGUUACUUUACUCCUUAUUAUCUACAACUGUUCAGACCAAGUUCUUACCACGAGGGAAAGAAGACUAGCCAAAGCCCGAGAAGCAGCGGCAAGAAGUGCAAGGGAGACAGCUAAAGCACGGAAGAGGUGGAUAGCUGCUAAGAAUGCUGCUAAGAAGCAUGCAAGUGAACUGCAAAGUCAUAUUUCGCAGAAAUUUUCUUUUAAAAAAUCCACAAAAGAUCCUGAGGAACUCAAAAUAUUGGAUCGAACAAGGUUUGAAGCAGAUGAAGACUCAUAUGCUCCUGCGUAUACGAGUGCUUCAAGUGAGUCUCUAUCGUCAUCUGCAGCAUCCAAGGGGCAGAUGCAUGAAAUUGAAGAUGACAUUGAGAAGCAUGACAGAUUUGAUGUCAGCAGCCAUGAUAGAAAAUCUAAAGGUCAUACUACAAAGGGAAAGCAGCCUCAUACUAAUAGCCAGAUUUUUAAGUAUGCAUAUGCUGAACUUGAGAAAGAGAAAGCAAAGCAAGAAGAAAAUAAGGAUCUUACAUUCUCGGGAGUGGUUUCUAUGGCAACUAAUCCUGAAAUCAGGAAAAGGCCUCUGAUUGAGGUCUCUUUCAAAGACCUUACACUCACUUUGAAAGGAAAAGACAAGCAUCUUUUGAGGUGUGUUACUGGAAAAAUUAAGCCCGGUCGCAUCACUGCUGUCAUGGGCCCUUCCGGUGCUGGGAAAACAACAUUUAUUUCUGCUCUAGCUGGAAAGGCAAUGGGUUGCAAGAUGACUGGUUUGAUUCUUAUAAAUGGAAAAAAUGAGUCAAUCCGCUCAUAUAGGAAAAUAAUUGGUUACGUGCCACAAGAUGACAUCGUGCAUGGGAACUUGACAGUGGAAGAGAAUCUAUGGUUCAAUGCAAAGUGUAGACUGCCUGCUCAUUUAUCAAAACCGGAUAAAGUUCUUGUUGUUGAAAGAGUUAUAGAGGCUUUGGGGCUUCAGAUGGUGCGUGAUUCCUUGGUAGGAACCGUAGAGAAGCGAGGUAUCUCAGGAGGCCAGAGGAAGCGAGUAAAUGUCGGACUGGAAAUGGUCAUGGAACCUUCACUUUUGAUCUUGGAUGAACCUACAUCUGGUUUGGACAGCGCAUCCUCUUUGCAACUUCUUCGAGCACUUCGACAUGAAGCUCUUGAAGGUGUAAACAUCUGCAUGGUGCUUCAUCAACCGAGCUAUUCCUUGUUCCAAAUGUUUGAUGAUCUAGUCCUUUUGGCGAAAGGGGGAUUCACAGUCUACCAUGGUUCAGCAAAGAAAGCGGAACAAUACUUUGCAGGCCUUGGGAUCCAUGUCCCAGAUCGUGUUAAUCCUCCAGACCACUUUAUUGACAUUUUAGAGGGUAUAGUAAAACCAAGUCAAAGCUCGGGCGUGAACUAUAAAGAGCUUCCGGUUAGGUGGAUGCUUCACAAUGGCUACCCGGUGCCCCCUGAACUGCAGCAAACUGCUGCUCGGAUUUCUAUGCCCUCAGCAAGUCCAGAUCUUUCAGAUGGGAUAAGUCCUCAUGCUGGAAUAGAUGAAAGAUCUUUUGCUGGAGAGUUAUGGCAAGAUGUCAGGACAACUGUCGAGAUACAUCGGGAUACCAUACGCCACAAUUUCUUGAAGUUUAAGGACUUAUCGAGCCGGAGAACUCCGGGUGUGCUCUGGCAAUACAGAUACUUUCUCGGAAGGCUUGGCAAGCAGCGAAUGAGGGAAGCCAAAGUACAAGCAACCGAUUAUCUGAUCUUACUGCUUGCUGGGGCUUGCUUAGGAACAAUAGGUAAAACAGGCGAAGAAAACUUUGGAGCCAUUGGUUAUACGUAUACCAUAAUCGCAGUCUCUCUUCUAUGCAAAAUAGCUGCUUUGAGAUCAUUUUCACUCGAUAAACUACAAUAUUUGAGAGAAAGAGCAUCUGGCAUGAGCAGCUUGGCUUACUUUUUGGCCAAAGACACAAUCGACCAUUUCAAUACUGUGAUCAAGCCCCUGGUGUAUCUCUCUAUGUUCUUUUUCUUCACGAAUCCAAGAUCUUCAUUCGCAGAAAAUUACGUUGUCCUGCUGUGCCUAGUGUACUGUGUGACCGGUAUAGGCUAUGCAUUUGCCAUCUUCUUUCAUCCUGGUUCUGCGCAACUGUGGUCGGUUCUUGUUCCAGUUGUUUUGACUCUCGUUGCCACUCGGACUCAAGAUAAUGAAGUUUUGAAAAAUAUAUCUAAUUUGUGUUAUCCUAAGUGGGCUUUGGAAGCUUUCGUGAUAGCAAAUACCGAAAAGUACUACGGAGUGUGGUUAAUUACUCGAUGUGGAGCCCUAUCGAAAAGCGAUUAUAAUCUACACGAAUGGACUCUUUGUAUAGGCAUCCUUAUUCUCACCGGCAUAAUCAGCCGUUUAAUUGCGUUUUUUGGUAUGAUUACAUUCCGAAAGAAGUGAAAAUAGGCAUCCAACCUAACGUGUAUUCUAUUUCCUGUCAAAAAGUGGUCUUCGGACCUAAAGGCUCGUGGCACCAUCGAACCUUCAGCAACACGAAAAUCAUGGGAGCGAUGAUCACAAUCAAUUGGUAAAUGGUGCCAUGUCUUUUCUUGUACGUCUGGAAUCAAUCUGUUAAAUUUGAUUACUUAGGUAUACUACCCUAUCUCCCAUUUCAUCUGUACAUUAGGGAGAGAAUGUUUCUUUGGUUAGGAUUUUUUACUUGAUAAUCCAUUUCCAGGCAUAUAAUAACUGUAAAGAUACAGCUCCUUUAUUUAGUCCGUACACAUCUUCUCUUUC